AGUUGUUUUGGGGUCGUUACAAUGAAGAUAUUACUGUUUGUAUUACUUGGCGUAAGUGGAAUUUUCUGCGAAGUCCCGCCACCAUACCCAUCAGGGGGAUUUAGACCAAGCCCGCAACUAUCGCUACCUCAGAGAACAUAUGGUGUGCCUAAUACCCAACCUGCCAAACAACUUUCGACCAAAUACGGCCCACCUCCAAGUAACGCUGAACCUUUAGACCCAACGUACCGAAAUAACCUGCCUCCAAUCAAAUUUAUACAAGAUAACCGAUACAGAACUAUUCCUGACAGAGUUUGGUCCAAUAAAGGUAAUUUAGCUCAAAGACCACUAUCAACCAGAUACGGUGUUCCUGAUAUAGAUUCUCAAAGCAAUGUUCAAGCAGUUCCACAAACAAUUUAUGGUGUACCAAAACAAGUUGAUAGUUCUUCUCAAUUUAAUCCCUCCAUAGCUCAGCCUCAAAGAAACUACGGAACUCCUGAUAGAGCAGUGGUAGAUGCUGCUACUUUGGAGGAGGUUAGAGAAUUGAAACAACUUUUACAAAAAAUAGAAGCACAAAGAGUCAUUCAACAAAAUAUUGCUCAGUAUUCAGCUCCACAAGUACUCAGACAACCUGACAACAGAUUCGUACAAAACUUACCGAAACAAAAUAAUGCUAAAUUUCGGAGUUCACUUACUGAUCAAUAUCUACCGGUAAAAGAACCAGAAAAUUUUAGAAAAUUUGUGUCACCCACUACUGGAUUUAACGUUCAAUCGGAAGGUAGAAACCUUGACCAAAAUCCUAGUAAUCAAAACAAUGUAAAUACUGCCUUCGUUCGUGGAGAUCAAGGAAAUCCUGCACGCAAGUACAUUCCUCCCAGCCAAGGUCUACCAAAUCAAGGAAAUCAAGAAAAUCCGGAUCCUUCAUCAGUAUCCCCCAACUUUGCAAAAAACCCAACCAAUUCUUGGAACAACCUUGACUUACCAAAUGCUGGUGAUGCUCAAUCAAAUAAUAAUUUCGAUAAUUCAGUUCCUUUUCCUAAUCCUAAUAUUGAUGUCCAAAAAGUUGAAGUGACGCAAUUUGGAAACCCAGAGAGUAGUGGUCGUGUAAGACCUACUAGUAGACCUCAAAAUAAUAACGGGAACGACAAUGAUGAUCAAGUAAAUAAUAGAUACAUUCCGCCUACUAUUGAGAGUCCUAUCCAGAGAAAUCCGACACCAACUACUCAGAGACCUUUUGUUACUACGUCUUCUGGAUUUGAUUAUCCAGUGGAACAGGACCCCAAUACAGAGAGUCCAAACGUUUCUGUCGCUACAGCUGUUGCAGGUCCUCAAGAUGGACAACAAUUUUAUUUAUUACAAUCGGAUGGAACCUACCAAAGAAUAAUAGUACAGAAGAGAGAAGGUGGGAGUCAAAAAGAUAAUGUCUAUGGUGCAAAUUAUGUCUUACAAAACGUUAGAACUGACCCAAAUAUAGUUUACGCUCCUUUAAUUAGUCUAGUUGGAAGAUGAAACUAAUAUUUUUAUUACACUGUGUGAUAUGUAUAUAUUAAGAAAUAUAUUGCUAUUUAGAUAAAAA